AUGGCCAUCGUCCUCCUCAUCACGCUCUCGGCCUCCCACACCGCGACAUGCUUGGUCUGGCACGACCUCGUCGGCUGUCAGCCCAGCGGCUACCUCCCGGGCAGGUCCGGAAACUGCGAGAUGAGCAACAGCCCGGACUGCUGCGUCGACGGCAAGCAGUACCUGCAGUUCCUCUGCUCGCCGCCGGUCUCCGCCACCACGUGGGCCGUCCUCACGGUGAACGGCUUCAGCAAGGGCAAGGACGGCGGCCUCCCGUCCGAGUGCGAUGGCGCGUACCACGACGACUCGGAGAUGGUCGUCGCGCUCUCCACGGGCUGGUUCAGCGGCAUGUCCCGCUGCGGCCGCAGCAUCAAGAUCACUGCUGCAAAGGGUGGCAGCUCGGCGUACGCAAAGGUGGUGGACGAGUGCGACUCCGUCCACGGUUGCGACGCCGAGCACAACUACGAGGAGCCAUGCGCCUACAACGUCGUGGACGCAUCGCCGGCGGUGUGGGACGCCCUGGGCCUCGACCAGAGUCUCGGUUUGCAGGACGUUACCUGGUCUGAUGAGUAA